AUGGCUAUUUGCAAGAGGUACAAUAAGAAGGGUACAUACUCUGUUGGUGAUGCUAACUCAUUGAGUAAGCUGGAAAAGGCUCUUGAGGAUAUUAAACUAAAGCAUGCCAAAGACUAUGAUAAAAUUCACAAAACAACAUGUCAGGAAUGCUGUUUCAUGGUUCUGUUUAUCAGAUUUAAGGAUGAUAGAGGAUUUUUAACGACAAUUGCUCCAAGAGAAAUUUGUCAUCAUCCAAAACUAUCCUUGGAAGUUAUGGAAAAACAUGGGAAGAUUAUUCACCAAUUUAUUUAA